CUUCGAAGUGUAUUAAAAGACGAUGAUUUUACCGAUUUUCAUUUCGUACCGUCAACGAAGUUAUUUUUCCACUGUUUAAAGAAAAAAAGUGACCAAGGAAGAAAUAAUAUUACGAAUAAUAAUAUCGACAAUAUGUCUGGUUACACUGGACAAGAAAAUUAUUGGGCUCAACCGAAUCAGAAUUCAUAUAAGUACGAAUCAUUUGAUUUCGAACAACCUAACCAACAAUUUGAGUUUCAAACGUACGGUGAUCAACAAUCAGAAUAUAAUGCUUAUUCGCCUAAAAGUUAUUUAGAUCCAACACAAGCUUCUUAUGGCGGUGAAAUGUAUUCGCAGGAUGAUUUUACAAAAGGUGACCAUGGUUUUGGAGACGAAGAAGUAGAACCACCAUUGUUAGAAGAACUUGGCAUUGAUCCUGAUAGGAUUGUACAAAAAACAUUGGCCGUAUUAAAUCCUUUUCAUAGGAGAGGACAAAUAGACGAUGCCAAUUAUCUUCUUCAGGAUUCGGAUUUGGCUGGCCCAGUUACAUUUUGUUUAGCUCUCGCUGCAUUUCUUCUUUUAGCUGGUUCUAAAGCACAUUUUGGUUAUGUAUAUGGUUUAGCAACAAUUUCAUGUCUAUUGAUGUACAUUCUUCUAUCUUUAAUGAGUAGCACCGAUAAUAUUACUUUAUUGUCAGUGGCAUCCGUAUUAGGCUAUUGUUUACUACCUGUUGUAGCACUUUCAGCAGUUAGUAUUUUUACCACGCUUCGUGGUACCAUUGGUUUAGCCAUUGCAGCAAUGGCUGUAGCUUGGGCAACUUUGUCAGCUUCUAGACUAUUAUCUACUAUGUCCGGAGAAAACAAUCAACGUCCUCUGAUAGCUUAUCCGUGUUUCUUGCUUUAUGGGGUAUUCACUUUAAUUGUCAUUUUUUAAAUGAUUAACAAACGAAAAGGUAUUAUUAUGUAACAAUUAUAUACCCACCCUUUUUACAUGUAAACAAAUAAAAAGUUCCAAUAUUUUUUAUUGCAAA